UGGAUUACAUCAGUUCUUACUUUGUCCCAGAAAGUUCAACGAAAAUGUGUAGCGUCGUAUCACCUGAAAUUUACGAAACCCUGAAGGAAGUGGUCAAAGAGGACAUACAAAAUUUCGAGAUAGUCAUACACGACGGCAACAAGAAAGGUGAUGGAUUUCUGGGGGAUAUGGUAUUCGUUACAAUGGAAAAUAAACAAUCGCACGAGGCGAUUCAUCUAGUUGUGAAACAAGCUUUUUUAAACCGAUCUGCCAGGGACACCGUUCCAAUUCGGCAGGUGUUCAUAAACGAGAUUUACUUCUAUACUAAAGUUUGGACACGUCUUAACAAGUUUCAAGAGAGAAUUCCGAUGCAGUUCCAGUUCCACAAAGUGCCCAAAUACUUCACCUCGAUUUUGGAAGAGGCUUCGGAGAAAUUAGUACUGGAAAAUUUGAAAUUUCAGAAGUUCGAGAUGUAUAACAAAAGGAUACCUGUGGACAAACAACAUUUUGAACUAAUUUUCAGGGAGUAUGGAAAGUUUCACGCUUUAUCAUUCGCUUACAAGGCUUUAUUUCCUGAAGACUAUGCUGAUCUAAUAAAGGGGACAAUAAACAUAUUUUUAAAUUUCACGAAUCGAGAUGGAUUUGCAAAUGCAGUGAAAGUCAUAAAUGAUUUUGCCAUGGAUAGCCUUCAACCAGGAAUAGAUGACGCUGUUAUAGAGAAAUUCAGGCGUUAUGUCGAAAACCAUACGGAGCUGUUUCGGGAUAGUUUAACUUGUAAAACCAAAUACAGUGUUAUUACACACGGUGAUUGUAGGAGUAACAAUAUGAUGUUCAAAUACAGCGAAGACAGAAAAUUAAUCGACAUAAGAUUCUUCGAUUUUCAACUGACAAGGGAAGGAUCGCCGUGUUGCGACCUGAGCUACUGUUUUUAUUCGGGAGCAUCAGGGAAAUUGCUGAACGAUUUGGAUUAUUUCCUGCAAAUCUACCACGAUAGUCUAUCGGAAACUCUGAAAGCGUUUGGAUGCGAUCCUCAAAAACUGUAUCCUUUUCAGGAGUUGAAGAAUGGCUGGAAAAGGUACUCUAAAGUCGGUGUCACGAUGGGCCUGUUGAUAUGGAAAAUAAAAUAUACUUCAGAUGAAAGUCUGCCCGAUCUCAACGACGUUAACAUGUCAUCCAAAGAGAAAGAGCAAAUGCUCUACAAUUGUUAUGACAAGGAUGCAUUUAAGAAGAUUUGUAGAGAUUUAAUUUUGCACUUGAACAAAAAUGAUUAUCUGUAGUUGUAUUAUUCUAAUAAAUGAAUGUUGUUUUUUAUCUUA